UCCAAUGUAACAAGUCAACUACGUCUCAGUCUCUUCCUUUCUAUCCCUCUCCCUGACAAAAAAAGGAAAAGAAAAGAAAAGCUUCAGAGACACAACCAGGCGGAAUGACCGUUAUGCCCCUACCCUCUCCUCCUCAAUAACUAAGCCCCACUCCUUCCCUUCGCCUUUGACUCUCCUCGGAAUCGCAGAGAAUGGCGCAGACCCAAAGCUCAGCUGCGCUCUCGGAACUACGGCUGAGCAGCUCAGGGGACGAUCCGGGUCGGCCCGGGACGGGGCCGGCUAAUAACUCUGCGGCCAGGUACAAGCUGAUGUCACCGGCGAAGCUCCCGAUCUCCAGGGCCACGUGUAUCACGAUCCCGCCCGGGCUCAGCCCGACGUCGUUUCUUGAGUCCCCCGUGCUCCUUUCCAACAACAUGAAGGCAGAGCCCUCUCCAACUACCGGUUCCUUUAUUAAACCUCAAGUGGUGCGUGUCCCUAUUGGUUCUGCUGCAUAUCCAGUAACUACGGUUUGCUCCAACAGCAAUACUUUCAGAGAAAGAAAUUCCAACUGCUUCGAAUUUAAACCACAUGCUACAUCAAAUAUGGUUCCUGCAGAUCUGAACCACUGGAGAAGUGAGCAAUCUAUGCAAGUCCAAGGUCAGCGCCAGCCUCAGGCAUUUGCGUCAUCACCGUUGGUGAAAAAUGAGGUGGCAGUUUCCUCAAAUGAGUUGAGUCUUUCAGCACCGGUUAACAUGGUAACUUCAGGGGCUAGUGCACCUACUGAAGUUGAUUCAGAUGAACUAAACAAUAGAGGAACUUCCAAUACUGGGUUUCAAACUUCACAAUCUGAUAAUAAAGGAAGUGGGCUUUCUGUUGUUGCUGACAGGCCGUCUGAUGAUGGAUAUAACUGGCGAAAAUAUGGACAGAAACUUGUUAAAGGAAGUGAAUUUCCCCGUAGCUAUUACAAAUGUACACAUCCUAACUGUGAAGUAAAAAAGCUGUUUGAGCGCUCUCAUGAUGGACAGAUAUCUGAGAUUAUCUACAAGGGGUCACAUGAUCAUCCUAAGCCUCAACCUAGUCGUCGAUAUGGUGCUGGUACUAUUAUGACUGUCCAAGAAGAAAGAUCUGAUAAGGCUUCAUCUUUAACUGGUCGAGAUGAGAAGUCAAGCAUAUAUGGACAGAUGUCCCAUACAGUAGAGCCGAGUGGUACUCCUGACCUAUCUCCUGUCACAGCAAAUGACGAUAAUCUUGAUGCUGCAGGUUCAAUGCCAAAUAGAAUCCAUGAUGAGGUUGACGAUGAUGAUUUAUUCUCAAAGCGGAGGAAAAUGGAGAUUGGUGGGUUUGAUAUCACUCCAGUGGUUAAGCCUAUCCGGGAACCACGUGUUGUUGUUCAAACCCUUAGUGAGGUAGAUAUACUGGAUGACGGGUACCGCUGGCGCAAAUAUGGGCAGAAAGUGGUCAGAGGCAAUCCUAAUCCACGGAGUUACUACAAGUGUACAAAUGCUGGAUGCCCUGUUAGAAAACAUGUGGAGAGGGCAUCUCAUGAUCCCAAAGCAGUUAUAACCACAUAUGAGGGAAAACACAAUCAUGAUGUACCUACUGCAAGGACAAGCAGCCAUGACACAGCAGGACCCUCAGCUGUGAGUGUGAGUGGACCAUCAAGGAUUAGAUCAGAAGAGAGCGAUAUUGUUAGCCUUGAUCUUGGGGUUGGGAUCAGCUCAGCUGUUGAAAAUAGGUCCAUUGAGCAUAGGCAGACGCAGCAUUCUGAAAUUCUGGGAAGCCAAAUUCACAAUGGCAGUUCACAUUAUAAGCUUUGGAGUCUAUAAAGAAUUGCAUUGCAUCUCCCAACACCUGGAGAAAUGAAGAUCUUUUACCUGUCAGGUUGCAGCCUAGUGGUCAAAGGGCGGGCCUGGGAUGAGCCAUAGACUCGGACAUCCUGGUUCGAUUCCACACUAAGAGUUCACCUAGAGUGUACUUUUCAGGGGCGGGUCCGAAGGACCUACCUUGGUGAGGUUCCACCCCAUAAAAAUAAAAAUAAAAAAAAAAUCUUUUAAAGUCUGAACAUGAAAUAUGUAUAUCUUUGUACCAUGAAAGUCAAAUCAAAUUGAAUGUGUAUGAUUAUGAUAUGGUGAUCCAAGGUUAGUGGUGCUUGUCCCUAGGAUGGUUUCUGCUUGCAAAAAUGAGAUAUUUGGUUCAGGAUUUAGGCCCCAAUUGGAUUGAGAAGGUAUAAAGUUCAUUAGGUAUUUGGGCAUGUAAAUUUCGUCAAAUCUUAAUUAUUAUUUUCAAAUUAAAUAGGUACGAUUUUAUAGUAUCAAUA